GCAGCCGUAUCUGGCGCAGGAGAGGUUGACUAAGGCGUCUCGGGCGUCGACCAAAGUGUACAAAAAGGGAGGUGAAAAGUUCGAGCACCUCGAACGUAAUGAUAAAUAUCAUCUGGGCCAAGGAGAGAUCCAGGACUAUGAUGAAAUGAACUCUCUGGCGAUGUCCAACUUUCUGCCAAGUGGCUGGAUGAAAUUUUCGCGAAAUAUUCCCGAUUUUUCUAAAAUCUUUGGUCAGAAAAGAUCGUGCUCGAACGACUUGAAAGAGGCGCAAGGGUAUAUCGGCGAUGCCUACAAAGAGACUAUCAGUGCGCACAUCCAGGCGAAAACCACACUUCUCGAACAUCAGAGUAAGAAUCUCAAACAACGGGAAGAAAAAUACGCGACCGAAAAUAGGAAAAGUGAAAAGAAGGUUGAAAAUUCGAGGCAAAAAUUCUUAAAUCACGACGACCUCCGAAACAAG